ACUCCGCUCGUCCGCGGGUAUCUCCCCGGCCUGCCGAGGCUGCGCCUGAGGCCGGCCUCCCCCUGCGUCAGCGCGCUCAGGUCAAACAAUUUUGUUCAAAGGUGUUACAUCGCAAAUAUUGAGGUUGAUGUUAGCAAUGUAAAUAAGGAAGAGGAGGCUUUCGAUGAUCAUCCAUCAUUACCGCCAGGCUGCUCUAUUCCAGUUGUCAAUAUCCUAGGAGAUGUUCUAGAUUCUAGUCCUUUUCCACCACAUGAUAGUACUCAGCACCAUGCCGAUUUUGAGGAGCUGCCGGUCUUAUCUGAAGGAGAGCAACAAACAUUGGCCGCCACUCCAGCUCACCCUGCUGGACUACAUGCUCUCUAUGCUAGCUACUUGUUUGGUAACCUUGUGGAACAGCUCUGGAAUUUUGCUUGGCCUGCUGCCCUGGCAAUUCUUCAUCCAAGCCUAUUGCCUGUGGCUAUUGUUGGUUUCUUCGGAAAGCUCUCAGUAUUUCUCGGGGCUCCAAUAGUUGGCAAACUUAUGGAUCAUUUCCCGCGAAUACCCAUGUACACAGGAUUGAAUGCUGUCCAGGUGGCCACUCAGUUAAUAUCAGCUGCAAUGGUCAUAUAUGCUCUCAAGAACGCGGGCCGUACUUCUACAUCAGCUUUGCUUCUCAGGCCUUGGUUCAUUGUGCUAGUGAUAGCCGGAGCUAUUGAAAGGCUUGCAGGAUUGGCACUAGGAGUUUCCAUGGAGAGGGACUGGGUUGUGCUGUUAGCAGGAACAAACAGGCCUGUUGCAUUAGCUCAAGCUAAUGCCAUGCUUAAUCGACUUGAUCUUCUUUGUGAGACCGUUGGUGCUUCAGUUUUUGGCCUUCUGCUCACCAAAUACGACAUAGUAACCUGUUUGAAGAUUUCCUCUGCUCUAAUGAUAUGCAGUUUUCCCAUUCUGGUUAUGUUGGGUCAAUUAAUUAACAGCGUCUCUUGUCAUGCGCUUGAUUCCUCGAGAACCCCCAGUGACGAAUCUAUUUGUGCUGAUCUAUUGGAUGUCCGCAAGAUAGUUCAAAAUGGCUUAAGUUCUAUCAAGCAUGGCUGGAAUGAGUAUAAGCAGCAGACAGUUCUACCUGCAAGUGUAGCUACCGUGUUUCUAAAUUUCAACGUGGCACUUGCUCCUGGCGCGAUAAUGACUGCAUUGUUGAUGCAUCGGGGUAUUAGUCCAUCUAUCGUCGGUGCUUUUAGUGGAUUGUGUUCUGUUAUGGGUCUUGUUGCAACAUUCAUCUCCUCAAGCCUGGUGAAAAGAGUUGGAAUUCUAAAGGCGGGAGCAGCUGGAUUGAUAUUUCAAGCUUCACUCUUGUCAAUUGCUCUCACAGUGUAUUGGGCUGGACCCAUCUCACAGAGAACACCUCUGCUCAUCUUCCUCGCUUCCAUUGCAUUAUCUCGGUUGGGGCACAUGUCUUAUGAUGUUGUGGGGACACAGAUCAUCCAAACAGGAGUUCCUGCUUCAAAAGCAAACCUUAUUGGAGGAAUGGAGGUUUCAAUUGCAAGCCUUGCAGAGUUAGUCAUGCUUGCUAUGGCUAUAAUUGCAAAUGACGUCUCUCAUUUCGGCUUCCUGGCGAUCCUGUCUGUAUCGUCGGUUGCUGGGGCAGCGUGGAUGUUCUGUCGGUGGUUAGGAAAUCCAACGGAUGAACAGAGGGAACUUUUCAUUUUCGAUCCUCAUUUCCAACUUCAAGCAACAUAAAAGCGGGAGCAGAGCAGUGGGCGAUCGAGCGCCCAGUUGGCUUGCUGCCGCUUGUGCUCGGAGUCAUACAGCAUAUCCCCAUCUCUUGUCUUGCAGAUAGAAGAUGCACCAACCAGACGCAUGCUUGGACCCGGAGUCGAAAUGGGGCUUGCGCUGCAAUGAUCUGAAGAUGUUGUACAGAGUUGCUGUUACAUCUUUGACUGAAUAUGACACACACUUAGGAAUUAGACACAGAGACACCCAUUUGUUCGUUGUAGUCUGAGCCACCCAGCAGAACUCAACUUGUACAUCUCAUUUUCUUUUCUUUAUCCAUCUGCUGUAUAGGUCUACUAUCAGUCACAUCGUUGCCUAUUCUUGCUGAGGUAGAACGAACGUGACCAUCGCUAGUUGUAACAAAAUCAGUAAGGUUUCGUUCUUGGAUCUGGUACCUGCACUACAGCUGCUACCUCCAAGAAUUUUUCUGCUUCC